CGGGGCCCCGGCUCGGCGGGGACAGCGCCCUCUGCCGGCCGCGGGGAGCGCACAGCCGGCCCCGGGUCUGCAGGGGACGCGGCGCCUCCUGGGAGGGGCUUUGGGGUUAAUUCUGAAUGACUUGGACUGACCGUGCUGAAACAUGGCGAUGAGCCGAUGAGAGCUUGGGGAACAUUUGGCUGCUAGAGAUCAAACACCAACCACCACCAGAUGUGAGGUUCAGCAAAGGCAUUAAACAUCUGCUCCUACUUGGAAGAACUAAAUCUCUAACGCUUGGUGUGACAGGAGUCCUGAAUCAGAGAAGCCAGGCAUUUAGUGUGUAUCCGGACGCUUCUCUGUGCAAAUGACAGAGAUGCAAGCCUUACAAUCUGGGAACAAAAAGAGGAUCCUCCCCUCCUGGAUGACAGCCCAGGUGGCGGAGAGGAAGGAGGUGCCGGUGAAGAUGCCCAAAAGGAGGAGAAUGACACUGGUGGCAGCCUCCAGACCUACAGUAAAGACUGUGUACUUUAUGAAUGAAGCGGAAAUGGUGGAUGUGGCCCUGGGCAUCCUGGCUGAGGGUCGCAAACAGGAAAAGCCCUGGGAACAGCCAGCUCUGGCAGGCCCUGAUAAGCCACCCUGCGCCCCCCCCUGCCCCAUGUCCCCACACACCAGCUCCCCUGGGAGCAGCAGCGAGGAAGAGGAUGGUGGGGAAGAUUCCCCUGCCCGGGACCUCAGCCCUGCGCAGGGAGAGGGCACACCCAGUGGCACCUGCAGCAGGGCCUCCGAAGAGAAGGAAGAGGAAGAAGAUGUAUUAAAAUACGUCCGGGAGAUAUUUUUCAGCUAAGGAGUGAACAGUUCACACAGAAGAAGCCUCUGUUGGCCACUGCAGUCUCCCAGUUCAGAGGGUCUGGAAUCACAAUUAUUUGUUUUAUUUGGGUAUCAGGAUACAGAGAAAAAUGAGGCCUUGGGAUCCAACUUCUCCAAUGAAAGAGACUUCCUUUGACUUCUCUGACAAUUUUUGAGGAAAAGUGUGGCUGGGAAGAAUACCGGAGUUUCUAGAACUUACUCAGUAGGCCCUUUCCCUGAGGAGGAAGCCUGGGCUAAACAGUUCCCACCAGAAGUUCUCCAGAAGCAGGCCUUCUCCCCUCCAGCCGGCUGGCAGGACAGGCACGAUGCCACAGUCCCCGGCCCUCUGGGAGCAGAGGCGUCCCAGGGGCCCCUCUGUGCCCCUCAUACCAUCUUCCCCGGCUUACAUCUUCUGUCCACCUGGUGGCCUCUGGCC